UUCGAGGGCCGCCUAGGAGGCGGGAGCGCUGCCUCCCCUCCUGGCUUUGCACAGUUCCUCGGUGUUAGGCGCUGGGCGGAGUCCGCGGCCCCUGUUCCGGUGGGAGCCGCUGUUGUCCGCCUUUUGGCUGAGGGGAAACUCAGUCCGGGAGGGGUAGUUGCUGGUCCAAGUCACCCACCAAACUGUCUGAGCCGCACCAGGGACUUCUCGUUUCGGCCUCGCUCCUCGACCGGCCGGUCUGCUGUGCCGCUCCUUCCGAGACGGCCCCGGCGCGGAGUCUCCCGCGCCCUCAGAUCCCUGGCCUGUGGGCCCUAGGGCCGCUGAGCAGGAGGCGAGGACGUGACCGACCUUGGCCGGAUCGGUCGUCUGUUGCGGAGGAGGAGGGGGGGCCCGUCCGGAGCCAAGUGUCCGCAGCGGCCUCCCCCGCGUGCCGCUUGGGCCCUCGCGGGGAGACUGUCAGCGCAGGGCUCGCACCGCGGGUGCGCUCGGCAAAGUUUCUCCGAGCGCGGCGGCCCCCGGGACGCGCGGUGCGGAGAGGAGGCCCUGCUGUCAAGGAGCUCGCAGUCUCCUAAGGGAGACGCGUGGAGACGGAGCAUGACAACAGCCUCGUGGGGGGCUGUGGGGCGCAAGGGCGCUAAGAACCCACCAGUGCGGCCGGCGAACUGGGGGGAGAGCUUUCUCCUAGCACUGACACUUGGUGGGGGUUGUUUAAAAGGAAGGAAAAUCUGGUGUUCCUCUAGAUGGCCUGAUAUGAAGGACUCACGCCUCACGCCUCCUGGAGCUGCAACUGCCUUGUCCUUCAAGUGCAGGAGCUGGUUGAAAUGUCAGGAAUGGAAGCCAAUGUGACCAUCCCAAUCUGGCAAAACAAGCCACAUGGGGCUGCUCGAAGUGUAGUGAGAAGAAUCGGAACCAACUUACCCCUGAAGCCAUGUCCCCGGGCAUCCUUUGAGACCCUGCCCAACAUCUCGGACCUGUGUUUGAAAGAUGUGCCCCCAGUCCCCACCCUGGCUGACAUUGCCUGGAUUGCUGCGGAUGAAGAGGAGACGUAUGCCCGGGUCAGGAGUGAUACACGCCCUCUGAGGCAUACCUGGAAGCCCAGCCCCCUGAUUGUCAUGCAGCGCAAUGCCUCAGUGCCCAACUUGCGUGGAUCAGAAGAAAGACUUCUGGCCCUGAAGAAGCCAGCCCUGCCAGCCCUAAGCCGUACCACUGAGCUGCAGGAUGAGCUGAGCCACCUGCGCAGCCAGAUUGCCAAGAUAGUGGCAGCUGAUGCAGCUUCGACUUCAUUAACGCCAGAUUUCUUAUCUCCAGGAAGUUCAAAUGUCUCUUCUCCCUUACCUUGUUUUGGAUCCUCAUUCCACUCUACAACUUCCUUUGUCAUUAGUGACAUCACCGAGGAGACAGAGGUAGAGGUCCCUGAGCUUCCAUCAGUCCCCCUGCUUUCUUCUGCCAGCCCUGAAUGUUACAAACCAGAACACAAAGCUACCUGCAGCUCGUCUGAAGAGGAUGACUGCGUCUCUCUGUCCAAAGCCAGCAGCUUUGCAGACAUGAUGGGUAUCCUGAAGGACUUUCACCGGAUGAAACAGAGCCAAGAUUUGAACCGGAGUUUAAUGAAGGAGGAAGACCCUGCUGUGCUUAUCUCUGAGGUCCUAAGGAGGAAGUUUGCUCUGAAGGAAGAAGAUACCAGUAGAAAAGGAAACUGACAACACUUUGCCCCGUAAACUCAGUUUCAUGCUCCUGGAAUUCCUUCAAUAGCUGCCUUCCUCACUGCAGAUGUUUCUGCCUCUCAAUGAGAAAUCUUCUUCAACAGUCUUGUUGACAAGCUAGAGCUUGGACUAAAAGAGAAGAACUAGAUUAUAUACUUCUCGUACUUCAAAGCCUAGCAGAAGAAGCUAAGGCCUGUAAUUUGUUACAGGUAAUUGUAUAGAAUGUGGUAUCUGAGUUUAAAGGGUAAGACAGAAGAAGUUUCUGAUUUUUCCUCACCCAUGUGUGAAAAUAAGUCCUAAAUGAAAUGACUUCACUGCACUAGACCCCAUAACUAAUCUCAUCGGACACUUUGGGCCCAGCUUUCACUCAUUCUCAGUGGUUUCCUGGCAACAGAGCAGGACUGAGGAGAAGGGGCUAUCAAUCUGUGUACAUGUUCACAGGGCAGGGAAAUUCUUAUGCUGCUCCAUCAUAAACCUACACCAGUAUGCAGCAAACACUUUGCAAUCACCCUCUCCCCUUCUCUGUCUACAUACAGAGUUUGGGCUACUAAACUAGCCAACACUUGGGCUGCUGUUUGGGAGGCCUGGGCUGUUUUUUUCUUAAGCAUAUUUUAUAAUACUGAACAACCACAUCUACCCUCCAGAGCCUUGGAGCUUCAUCAGUUCCACUGAUAAAAAACUUUCUCUUCCAUGGACUUUAGUUUAAGCCUAGUAGGAAAGAUAUAUGGGGCAGGGAAAGAAUAUACCAUCUUUCUUCCAGACCCCUGACUGCUCCUUUGGCCAAGGUUUGUACCUACCACACCAUGCAUGACUCAGAUGCCCUCAGGUCCCUUUCUCUAAGGUAUGUGUACUGUGUAUGUUUGGGUUGAAGUACUACCUAACAUUAAAGGAAGAAUUUAGAGAGAUGCAAAUGC